GCUAAUUAUUGUGCUUGUAUGUAAAGAGAAAAAAAAUGGAACAGAAUUUUAAAUCUAUUCAACAUCAACGUUUACGAGAAGAUGAAAUAGAAGUUAAUAGUGAUACAUAUUCAUUAGAAGACGAGGACCCACUUUCAUUACCAUCUGAAACAUUACUAAAUACUACAAAUGAAGUAAUACAACAUAAGGAAAAGAGUAUCAUUAAAACUUCGGCCAUCAAUCUGUUCUGGAUAUUAAUGUGGUAUAUUGUAAAGUUUCAAGUAACUUUUAUAAUACAUGUAUACACUAAUCUAUUUAUUAGUUUGCUACUAUUUUGUCAGUUUAUAAUAAAUGGAUGUUUUCAGAAGAGCAUUAUAACUUUCGAUAUCCAUUAUUUGUUACUAGUAUACAUAUGAUUGUUCAAUUUUUAUUCUCAGGAACUUCUUUAUUCAUUAUACCAAGCUUGAGACCAAAUAAACAGCCUUCAUUUCGUGAUUAUAUAUAUAAAGUGCUUCCUUGCGCAUUGGCUACAAGUUUAGAUAUUGGUUUGUCAAAUUUAUCUUUAAAGUCAAUUACUUUAUCAUUUUAUACAAUGUGCAAAUCAUCCACUCUCGCUUUUGUUUUAAUAUUUGCUUUUAUCUUUAAGCUAGAAAAGCCAAACUGGAAAUUGAUUUUGAUUAUUUUAAUUAUCACUGUGGGUGUCGUCUUGAUGGUCUCGGACGAAACUGAUUUUUCAUUGAUAGGAUUUAUACAAGUGAUGGCGGCUUCUUGUUUUGGUGGUUUACGUUGGUCUUUAACUGAAGUCCUUUUACGUAAAGAAAGUAUGGGUCUAACAAAUCCCUUUGCCUCUAUCUUCUUCUUGGCGCCCUCUCAAGCACUUAUUUUAUUAACUCUUUCUGCUGGUGUAGAAGGCUAUGUGACAAUCUUUAAAAGCGCUUUUUUUAUUACCUUUAGAGAAGGAUUACAUACAAUGGCUGUCAUUUUAGCAGGUGGUAGUCUUGCGUUCUGUAUGAUUGUUUCGGAAUUCUUUUUAAUCAAACGUACAUCCGUUGUCACUUUAAGCGUUUGUGGUAUAUUUAAAGAAGUAGCAACCAUCUUUAUCUCCUCUCUUGUAUUUGGAGAUAUCUUAACUUUGAUUAACAUCAUUGGUUUAUGCAUUACUUUGUUCGGUAUUGGUCUUUAUAAUUGGCUUAAACUAAAGGUUAUGCGAACAACUACUUCGCACAACAAGGAAAUUAGUCCUGCAAACGUUCAGGAAAAUGUAGAAUUGGAAGGAGCCCAUUUCAACAAUGAUGUUGAUGAUGAUCAAGAUACAGAUAUGAAUGAUGAAGCUGACGAUGAGGAAGGUGAUGAGGAAGAUGAUGAGGAAGACGAGGAAUCAGAAGAUGAUGAGAUGGAUAUUGAUGGUAAAAAAAAGACUAAAAAAUACACUACAGAAGCAUUUUCUAAUGCCAUGACAAACAUUUUAGCCAGUUCGUUAUCUGGAUCAGACAAAAAGCAACCCAUUCUUGCAAGGUCAAAGGGUGUAGAACGUAAACUUGAAGACGAAAAAUUAGAUUAUAAAGCACGUAAAAUAUUAUCAGCCCAAAAGAAAGCUCUAAAGGAAAAGGGCCGUGUCAUUCCUGAUUAUACAACUUUUGAAUACGAAAAACGUUUAAGAAAAGUAGCUACAAGAGGUGUAGUUAAAUUGUUUAAUGCUAUUCGUACACAGCAAAAGAUGACAGAAGUUGCAGUUGAAAAUGCAGCUACUACUCGUAAAACACUUGCAUCAAUAGAAAAGGCUAAAAAUGUUUCUACAAUGUCAAAGUCAACCUUCUUGGACUUAUUAAAAAGUGGACAAAAAUAAGUUAAUUACAUGAAUCAAUUGUAUUAUCUGCUAUAAUAAAUAAAAUAUUCUUGUUUCAAUCGCAUUCUUCACUUAAUUUAGCUUCAAACAUUUCUUCUUUUUUUUUCCCCUUUUGUAAUUAAAAUAAUGCGGUGGCUUUGAC